AUGAACGCGGACAUCAGGUGGAGGGACAGCGCUUUUGGAAAUCUUGGAUCCCAAAAUCAAGACCUGAUUCUCCGGAGGGCAAGCCGGGCGUCAACAAGUCUUGCAUCGCCUGCGCGUAUUGGGAGCCGCGAGAGGACCGAGUGGGAGCGCCGCUCCACCAUGCUGAACUUCUCUGGCGGUUUGGACUAUUAUCAAUCCUUCCUCUCCAACCAAACAUGCGCUUCUCCUAUGGAGGUGCUUGAUCAAUCCGCCAAGAAAUACCAGAAGGCCAAGAGCGAGGGCCGUCUGACCAGCCUUGGAGACAGCAGUAGUGGCCCCUACAGCUCCAAGGUCAGCGGACUGACAAGACCAACCUGGAUGCCAGCCAUAGCAGACAUCUACCCCUUGGGCUCAUGGGCGCGCGAAUUCGUCAAUUUUCCCAAAAUUCAGACCUUGACAAUGAACUUCCACUGCUCGGAGAACUGGCGCGCCAAUUUUGAAGUCAUCAUAGAUUACGUCGUGGAGAUGUGGCGCUUUCCGCUGAACCCCCACCACGCCGGUUACUAUUACCUUGCCGCCGAGGGCAACCCAGUCCGCAAACUCUCAUGGCGCGGACAGAUGGAUCUGGUUGAGGUGGAUGAGGAGGAUUACUGGGAAGACAGUGACUCGGAGUCGGACGAGGACGUUGACCUUGUUGCUUUGGGGCCGAAAUCGAAACUGCCGGAGGAGAAGGAGAAUGAGGCUGAGGCAGACAAAGAUGGCGACGACGAGACCAACAAUGUUCAAGAUUAG